UUUGGCUCUGUGUAGCUGAUUCGGGGUUUUAAUGGGUUUGAGGAUAAUGCAAAUAUAUUUAGAAACAAUUUGUACUGACGUUCUGCAAUAGCGAAAUGGUUAUUAUUGUGAAUGGUUGUGCGAGUGAAAGCUAUUUUCCCGGUAGCUUGUGUUAGCAAUUGGCUAAAUAUUAAUCUGCACCGCUGAGGUAAGAACAGCCACAUCGGCUGGACUGAGGACCACCACUGACAGUCUGAAGUUCACAAGGGACAUGAAUGUCUUGGAAGUUGUUUUUCUCUGAAAUUUCAAUCUGUGUGUCUGAGCUGUUCUGACCCUGUGUUGCUAUGGCGAUGCGGGAGCUGGUGGAAGCAGAAUGUGGGGGAGCCAAUGCCCUUAUGAAGCUGACCGGUCACAUGACCCAGGAAGGUGGGGCUUGGAGACAUCGGUCAACGCCCACUAUUCCCCCCACACCAAUUGAAAUAGCCACAGAGGAAGAGCUGGUAAGUGAAUUUCUCCAGGCGCCCCCUCGCCCUCCCCAAAGUUUUGACAUGGGGCAGCUAUUGGAGGAGAUGCAGCAAAUCGACCAGCAGACUUAUAGACAGGCCCCACAAAGAGCUCCAGAUGUUGCUGCAUUGGCAUUAUCCGGUGACUGGGCAUCUGAGUUCCUGUCCAACGUUGACGCUGAUGUGGCAUCUGGCCAGCCUGGUUUUGAUGCCUCGGAUGCUGAAUGGACCAGAGAAUUCAUCAAUGAAGUUUCAGACCCUGGGCGAUGGGCUGAAGAAUACUUGGAGCAGUCAGAGGAGAAGCUGUGGUUGGGAGAUCUGGGAGAAAAGGAGCAAGAAUGGACAAAGGAAUACCAGCCAGGGGAGGAUCUGAAGCAAACGGCUAAUGAACUCAUUGCAAAGGUGGAUGACCCCAAACUGCAAAACACAGAGUUCCUGCGCUUUGUUAAGCAGAUUGGCGAGGGCAGUGUGACUGUGGAAGACAAAGCAGGAAAGCAGCUCAGUGAUAAAGCACAGGCCAAUGAGGCACAGAACUGGGUGUCCAGCUUCACACAGGCUUCAGAAGAGUCGGCAGAGGCAUGGGUAGACGAGUUUGCUACAGCAGGUCCUGACUUUCAGCAGGCAAAAGCUGCUGUGGAGAGUGAUGUGGAUUUUUGGGAGAAGCUGCAGGAGGAGUGGGAGGAGAUGGCUAAAAGAGAUGCUGAGGCUCAUCCCUGGCUUUCAGACUUUGACCAGAUGCUGAGCACCUCCUAUGACAAGGGGUACCAGUUUGAGGAGGAAAAUCCAUACCUGUCCCAUGAAGACCCACUGGCGGAGGGAGUGAAGAGGAUGGAAGCUGGAGACAUCCCUGGAGCUGUACGCCUGUUUGAAAGCGCUGUGCAGAGAGAACCAGACAACCAGCUGGCCUGGCAGUAUCUGGGAACUUGCCAAGCAGAAAAUGAGCAGGAGUUUGCAGCUAUCAGUGCCCUUCGCAGGUGUAUUGAGCUGAAGAAAGACAAUUUGACUGCCCUCAUGGCACUGGCUGUCAGCUUUACCAACGAAUCAUUGCACCGGCAAGCCUGUGAGACACUCCGUGAUUGGCUGAGACACAACCCAAAAUACCGGCAUAUCCUUGAGCAGAUGGAGGCUAAGGAGGAAAGGGGGGGAGUUCGAGAGCGAGAAAAGGAGAAGGAGAGAUUCGGAUCUCUGUUGCCAGAGGCUUUGUUCAAUGAGGUGCAGUCAUUGUUUCUGAGUGCGGCCACUGCUGAUCCUACACGGGUCGACCCACAGCUGCAGUGUGGUCUCGGUGUUCUCUUCAACCUGAGUGGAGAGUAUGACAAGGCUGUGGACUGUUUUAGUGCUGCUCUGUCUGUUACACCACAGGAUUAUUUGCUGUGGAAUAAAUUGGGAGCUACUCUUGCUAAUGGGAAUCACUCUGAGGAGGCCGUGGCUGCCUACAGAAGGGCUCUUGAACUGCAACCUGGGUUUGUGCGCAGUCGUUACAACCUGGGCAUCAGCUGUGUUAACCUGGGAGCUCACAGGGAAGCGGUGGAGCAUUUUCUGGAGGCGCUCUCUCUACAGAGGCAGGCGGCUGGAGAGGUAGAAGGGGGUGCAGGUCGAGCACCCGGAGCUGCUGCAACCAUCAUGUCAGACAACAUCUGGUCCACCCUACGCAUGGCACUGAGCAUGAUGGGGGAAAGCUCGCUGUACACCGCUGCAGACCGCCGAGAUCUGGACACGCUGCUGGCACAUUUCUGCCAAAGGGAUGAUGGGACAGACUGAGGGUGGGAGAAAGGAAAGGAGUGGAGAGAGGUAUUGUGUGAAUGUGGAGAAAAGUGUCUUGGAAGUACAGGAAAUUGAAGAAGUACAUUUUGAUCAUUCAAGAGAGUCGUUAAAAAGGGACAGUGGGAACAAAGCGGUAAUGGUGAUUCAAAUGAGUGUGAAGCACUCAACACAUGCACUACAUGUCUGAAUGGACUGAUUGACAAGUGACAAUGGCUAUUAUUAAGUAAUGGGCAAUACAUCGUUCAGCCGAAUAGACCAGGGAACUUUGGGAGCUGUUAGGUCAUUUAAACCACUAAAUUGGUGCUGGUGUACCAAUUGGUGCCAGAGGUACAAACUUAGAGUUAAAGCGAAAAGUUUUAUACACUAAGGGACAUGUAUGCAAUGGCAGUGGUGGGUUUUAAUGAUUUCUGCAGUUUUCUGUGACUGAAUAAUUUAAACACAUAUGCUGCUGGCUUGGAUUAUACAUUCAACAACUUUGUAUUACAUUAAUAAUUUAUUGGUGUAAUUUGCAUAUUAAAGGUUAUUGAUGCCCCCAUCCUGAUUAUCCAGAGAACCCCCCAAAAACAGGUCUGCCAAGGGUACAGCUGCUGAAACAUGGGUGAUACUGUCCACAGGCUGCCAUGCAAAGACACACAACUACAUUUUUGGUUUUUUUAUUUUUUUAUUUUAAAAUGUCUGCACUGUUGUUCUUUUUUUGUAUUGGCUGUUGUGGGUAUCUGCUCUGGAACCAGCACGGACACAGUGUCAGUGGAAAAAAGUGACCGCAGGUACUGAUACAGAUACUGAUACAGAACUGAAUUUAAGGUCCUCAUGCACAAGUCUAUUGUUGUUUUUCUUAUGAAAAGUAUUAUAUAUUCCAGGUACUUGAACACAGUAAUGCCAGUUAUUUUAACUCAAAACAGUUGUUCAUUGUAAAUCCUGAUUGUGUAUGAGACUUGGAAGUAACAAACACUGAAGAUACUAAUCCUUGUAUAAUUAAAAGAUCGUGUAAUAAAGCAAGGAUGAGAAAUUAGGAACAUAAACCAGACCUCUCAUUCACUCCUCAUCUAAUUCAGCUGUAAAUUAAUCCGCUUAAUUGUAAAUGCUUUCAUUUUGUGAAUUGUACCAUAAUUAUUGUAUUAAUAUUAUUAUACCAGUUUUUAAAUAUAGCCAGCACAUUGUAAUUAUCUACGAAAUCCAGGCAAUAAAACCUUAAAAUCAGA